AUGUCUUCCGACUCGGGUACAACACCUACAGACAUCAUCACCUACAUUGGUGUUCCUCUUGCCGUGCUCGGUGUCCUCCCAAUCCUCUACAACACCAUUGCGACACUUGCCGCGCGAUCUCGAAUCAAGCGUAUGCUGCGUCAUGCCCGCCUGACAGCCCUCACUCGCUCCGACGUCGUAAAUCGCGUCAUCGAGGUCGACCUCCCCCGCUACGCCGUCACGCCCUGGGACCGCUUCGAUCACCGCGACGAGUACUGGUCUCUCGCCCGCCACCCAUCCUCCAUUCCCGGUGGCACUUGGACGACCUUCAACUGGCGGACCAACACCAUUGGCCUCAAGACGCAGAGGGUCGAAUACGCAGACCAGCUGCGGCAACCGCAGGUCGAUGUCACCUUUGACGAGCUGAUUAGCUAUCUUCUGGACCUCGGUGCCGUUCCCGACGCUCACGGAUGGAGGCUGCUUAGGAGCACCGGGCUGUGGACUCCCGUUGGGUGUACCCUGAUGAAGAGUCCCGAUGGACAACAUAAAGCCCUCACCAUUGCGCCCCUGAACGACUCUGACGGUCAUCUUUCGCUGUCUGUAAACUGGUCCUCGCACUGGACCACAAGGAGCCAUGAGUCUCUACCCCCGUACUGGGUCCGGCUCUUACCACUGCCUAGUCCAGCAGCCACAACCAUUGAGCAGGAUAAUGAGAAGGGCGACAAUGACGGGGCCAACGCGGAGCCAGAAACGAGCAGCGGAAGCAUCAAGAAGAAGACGGUAUCUCCGUCAUCCUCCGUCGCCAGCAUAUCCCACGCCGCAAUAUCCAACGCCCAAAACCCAAUAGCCUGCAAAAUCUCCUCCCACGGCCUCAUAAGUGCCAUCCCAGAAACACCAGGCCACCCCUCAACGAGCCUCUACAUCGAGCACGUCCGCAUCCGACCAGGCCACACGGCCGGCACGUGGUUCGCCAGCGCCGCCACGGCCUACGGGACUUCGAGCGCGACUAUCCUCUGGAACUACCGCAUCCCAGAUGACGUCCUCGCCUUUGCGCGGGGCUCCUCCGUCCCCUGCGGCGUGCUCGAGGUCCUGGGCGUCGUCGACGGCUCCCAGACGCCCGAGUGGGCGAGCUCGCACAACGACACGCGGGAUAAUCUCGAUCUCUUGCACCGGCGGAUGCGGGAUCAGAUGAACGCCAUCGCGGCUGAGCAGCAGAUGGAUCCGGUGCGGAGGGAGCAGGCUGUGAGGGAGCGGAUGCGCAAGGAGUCUGAUCAGCACAUGGACGAUGUGCGAGACAGAAUGCGCCUCGACGCCCGCCGUCGCGAAACCCGCGCCCACGAAGCAAUCCAAUCCCCCAAAUGGGACGCCGCUCUCGUAGCAACCCACACCCUCCCCUGGCUCCAGCAGCAAGGCCACUUAUCAAUGACAACCGCCGACGACACCACCCUCACCCUCCGCUCCGUCGCCGCGGGCCUCCUGCACCGCAUGCUCCUCGACGGCGCCUUCGCCUCCGCCCUCUGCGCUGUUCUCGACGCGUGGAAGGCCUGGGCCGACAACGGCGGGAUGCGUAAGUCGGACCUCGAGGCGCUGCGGGAGAGCACCAAGGCGCUUGAGAUGUUUGCGCUCGCGAGUGUCCUUGUUGCUGUCAUUCGUGACGUCGGCGGGGCGGCGGAGGGGUCGGUGGGUGUUGAUUUGCAGGAGUGUUUGAGGAUGUGGCGGCAGGUGAGGUUGGGAUGA